UGACUUCACCUGGAACAGCAUGUCGGGCCGCAGCGUGCGGCUGAGGUCAGUCCCCAUCCAGAGCCUCUCAGAGCUGGAGAGGGCUCGGCUGCAGGAAGUGGCUUUUUAUCAGUUGCAGCAGGACUGUGACCUGAGCUGUCAGAUCACCAUUCCCAAAGAUGGACAGAAGAGAAAGAAAUCUUUGAGAAAGAAACUGGAUUCACUAGGAAAGGAGAAAAACAAAGACAGAGAAUUUAUCCCACAGGCAUUUGGAAUGCCCUUAUCCCAAGUCAUUGCGAAUGACAGGGCCUAUAAACUCAAACAGGACUUGCAGAGGGAUGAGCAAAAGGAUGCAUCCGAUUUUGUGGCUUCUCUCCUCCCAUUUGGAAACAAAAGACAAAACAAAGAACUCUCAAGCAGUAACUCAUCUCUCAGCUCAACCUCAGAAACACCAAAUGAGUCAACAUCCCCGAACACCCCAGAACCAGCUCCUAGAGCCAGGAGGAGGGGUGCCAUGUCAGUGGAUUCCAUCACCGAUCUUGAUGACAAUCAGUCUCGACUACUAGAAGCUUUACAACUUUCUUUGCCUGCUGAGGCUCAAAAUAAAAAAGAAAAAGCCCGAGAUAAGAAACUCAGUCUGAAUCCCAUUUACAGACAAGUCCCCAGACUAGUGGACAGCUGCUGUCAGCAUCUAGAAAAACAUGGCCUCCAGACAGUGGGGAUAUUCCGAGUUGGAAGCUCAAAAAAGAGAGUGAGACAAUUACGUGAGGAAUUUGACCGUGGGAUCGAUGUCUCUCUGGAGGAGGAGCACAGUGUUCAUGACGUGGCAGCCUUGCUGAAGGAGUUCCUGAGGGACAUGCCAGACCCCCUUCUCACUAGGGAGCUGUACACAGCUUUCAUCAACACUCUCUUGUUGGAGCCAGAGGAACAGCUGGGCACCUUGCAGCUCCUCAUCUACCUGCUACCUCCCUGCAACUGCGACACCCUCCACCGCCUCCUGCAGUUCCUCUCUAUCGUGGCCAGGCAUGCCGAUGACAACGUCAGCAAAGAUGGGCAAGAGGUCACUGGGAAUAAAAUGACAUCUCUAAACUUGGCCACCAUAUUUGGACCCAACCUGCUGCACAAGCAGAAGUCAUCAGACAAAGAAUUCUCCGUCCAGAGUUCUGCCCGCGCUGAGGAAAGUACAGCCAUCAUCGCUGUGGUGCAGAAGAUGAUUGAAAACUAUGAAGCCCUGUUCAUGGUUCCGCCAGAUCUCCAGAACGAAGUGCUCAUCAGCCUGUUAGAGACCGAUCCUGAUGUCGUGGACUAUUUACUCAGAAGAAAGGCUUCCCAAUCAUCAAGCCCUGACAUGCUGCAGUCGGAAGUUUCCUUUUCCGUGGGAGGGAGGCACUCCUCUACAGACUCCAACAAGGCCUCCAGCGGUGACAUCUCCCCUUAUGACAACAACUCCCCAGUGCUAUCCGAGCGCUCCCUGCUGGCUAUGCAAGAGGACGCGGCGCCGGGGGGCUCAGAGAAGUUUUACAAAGUGCCGGGGCAGUAUAUGCUGGUGGGCCACUUGCCAUCUUCAAAGUCAAGAGAAAGUUCUCCUGGACCAAGGCUUGGGAAAGAUAUGUCUGAGGAACCUUUCAAUAUCUGGGGAACUUGGCACUCAACAUUAAAAAGUGGAUCCAAAGACCCAGGAAUGACAGGUUCCUAUGGAGACAUUUUUGAAAGCAGCUCCCUACGACCGGGGCCCUGCUCCCUUUCUCAAGGGAACCUGUCCCCAAAUUGGCCUCGGUGGCAGGCGAGCCCCGCAGAGCUGGACAGCGGCACACAGGUCGCAGGAAGGACUCAGGCCGCGGCCCCGGCGGCCCCCGCGUCGCGCGUCUGCAGCACGCCCCCCCUGCGGGUCGCCGAGCCGCACUUGACCCUGAGCAGUGCCCAAGACCUCCCCGAGAGCGAGCCGGACGCUGCCUGGCUGCAAAGCCGGGCCCCUGCUCCGUGCCAGAGACCCCGAGGCAGCGGGAAGGGCGACAAGAGGCCCCCUCCUCCCUACCCGGGCCCGGGCAAGCCCGCCACCGCGUCGCCCCAGCAGCCCCGAGCAGGCGCGGGUCGGGCUGUGGACCCGGGGAGCCAGAUGGCCGAGCGGGGACCGCGGAGAAAACUGAGCAGCGCCCACCGCCCGGCCGCCGGCGAGCAGGACGGGCGGAAGCUGGGGGAGGCCGGCUGGCUGGACUGGCAGAGAGAGCGCUGGCAGAUCUGGGAGCUGCUGUCCGCGGACAACCCCGACGCCCUGCCCGAGACGUUGGUCUGAGCCGCCCCGCCCGCCCCCGGCGCCGCCUCUUCGUCCUCUUUUCACACUUUCCAGAAGCAACACCAGAGCAACUCAGCUCGCUAGCAGACGCAGAGCGCUCACACCCUCGC